CUCGAAAGAUGCGCCUCGGCCGCUUGCGCGCGCAGCUCGCCCCUCCCAGCGCGGGGCCGUGGGGUGCCCUCCCCGGGCGGGCGCGCAAAGCGGGGCCCCGCCGCACUGCGGGCAGCGCCACUGCCCGCGCAGCCUUGAUAAUCUCUCCCCUUCAUGCAGCAGGAAGAGGGGCCUGUGGGGGCGGGGGGGAUAUUCAAAUUGUAGGCCCCCCCCUUCACUCCUCAUGACAACAUCAGGCGAGCCCCUGCUCCGUCCCGUCCGCCUGAGGGCAAGGGUCCUGUUCGCAGCCCCGGCCCCGCCUGCCUCGGCGUCUCCUCCAUCUGAAAUCACAGAGGCCCGUCACCUAGCAACCAUGGCCGGGAUCUCAAACAAACCCCUGGAUGGUGGAAGCUGCUGCUCCCAGUCCGCGCCGGCCCGAGGAGCGCCCUGCCGCUGAAGGAUGCCGCCCACCAGGGGCUCCUUCCCUUGCUGCAGCUGUGACAGCCAAGACACCUCCGGGGGCAAGGCUGGGACCUCCCAGAGAGGUUCUCUUAUGGAGCUCGCUCCCCUUGCCCAGGAGCAGGACCCUUGGAAUCGCCUGCAUGCAACACCCACCUUGUCUAGCAUCAGGAGGGAAGUCUGGUACCUGGAACCUGGGGUUCCCCAGGACAGCUUGGACUUUAACCUGAGCUCGUUGUAUGACCACCACAAGGAGUUGCUCAGAGACAAGAACCAGGUAGUCAUCCACAAGGAGACCCUCCUUGAUGACCAUGGAGUACUGAAGGGGCUCGACUCUGUACAGGAACCUAAGCCACUCCCUACUGAGAGCCGUAUGUCCCAGGGACUGCCUAUGAGAUGCUGGGUCAGCCCGACAAAGGAAUCAGUCCACAGCAUCAAGGGCACAAUCGAGUGCCCACAUAAUGCUUCCACCAACAGCGGGUACUCCCGCAAAGAUAACGGAGGCUUCUUUUCUCAGUGAAGACUGUGCCAGCCUUUGCCACUGCUGCCGGACUGGAUCUUCUUUGGAUGAACAUAACUCUCAUCCCCUUUGCACUCUACUAAAGCCCUUCAUUCAGCUAAGCCCACCAAAAGAACACAGCUCUGGUAUUUCAUUUCCAUGUUUUUUCCUUUCUUUUCUACCUCACCCUUCUGUCCAUUCCAGAUAAAUGCUCCAUCCCUCAUUAUGGAGGGACUGUGUGUAGUUGUCCUGGCACACAAGCAACUACUGCCCAGAACACAUUACACCAGAGGUGGGCAAAAUGUGACCCAUCAGGCCAUUCUAUCCGGCCCACGGGCCCCUAAAAAAUUUAGAAAAUUAAUAUUUAUCUGCCCCUGGCUGCCUGUCACGUGGCCCUCGAUGACUUACCAAAACUCCAUAAGCAGCCCUCCGCCCAAAAUAAUUGCCUGCCCCUGCAUUACACUAUCUCUGCAUCUCCAAUUUGGCUCCAGCCACCCAACUUUUAUCAGGCUAGAUUCAAAUAGUCUCAAAUUCUGGUGACCCAAACUUCAAACACUCUGGAUGGGACAUUUCAAAGUUGUGGAGUAUCAAUCUCUCCUUGCGAAGCAGCAUGUGGCCAUUCAUGCCUUUUAUCAACCUGGGCUACUGAAAAUGGAGAAACCUAUGAUUAAAGCCUACUUUCUAGGACGAGGGCCUCAAACAUUAGCAGUUGCUUAUUUACUGAAGAAAUAGGGAUGCUCAAUGAAGUGAAAAGGCAGCAAAUUUAAAACUAAUAAAAGGAAAUGUAUUUUCACAUAGCACUUAGCGGGACGGUGGAACUCCCAGCCCCGGGAAGUCACCGAGGGGAAGAAUUUGGCAAGACUGAAAAAAGGGACUGAGGCACUGAACAGGAGGGAGAGGCAGCUAUUUUAAUCAAAACAAGUUUUGGCUGAAAAUCCGAGCCAAUGCCCCAGCACAUGUGGUCUUAUUCAGGCAGCCACCCCUGCCCCUGCUUUGCACUGCCUAAGGUCACCAAAGGGCAGGCUAAGACUUCAGGAAGGGCACACAGAAUCUCAGUCCCCUAGUUUGUGAGGUUACAGCAUGACACUUGCUGUGAUAUUUGGUGCAGCAGACAGUGCCAUAAGGGUUUACAGAAAAGGAGCAGUGAAAUGUACUUUUGUGCCAAAUGUGCUGGCCCAGCUGGGAGACUGGCACCAACAUCUAUUAAUUAAUUGUAAUAGUUUCUCUCACUUCAGAGCAUGCUAUCAGCUUCUACGGCAGUUAGUCAUUAGCAAAUCCUUCCCACCCACUCAUGGGAUUUCUCCACCCUCACCUCCCACAUCCAUUGCUGGAUUCAACAAAAAAAACCAAACCAACCAUUCAGCUUGGGGCCAUAUUAAGUACUCUUCCAAUAUUUGCUAUAGAACAACUGUUAUAUCACUAGGCUUGGUGAAGCAUGACAGUACCCCAAGGGCACCCAGGAACUAGAGCAGGGGUGGGCAAAAUGCAGCCCAGGAGCCAGAUGCGGCCCGCCAGGCCAUUCUAUCCAGCCCACGGGGCCCCUAAAAAAAAUUAGAAAAUUAAUACUGAUCUGCCCAUAACUGCC